AUGGUGUCCUGGAUCAUCUCCCGCCUGGUGGUGCUCAUCUUUGGCACCUUGUACCCAGCCUAUUCUUCCUACAAGGCCGUGAAGACAAAAAACGUGAAGGAAUAUGUGAAAUGGAUGAUGUACUGGAUCGUCUUUGCCUUCUUCACCACGGCUGAGACGCUCACGGAUAUUGUGCUUUCCUGGUUCCCCUUCUACUUUGAGCUCAAGAUCGCCUUUGUGAUAUGGCUGCUCUCCCCUUACACCAAGGGCUCCAGUGUGCUCUACCGCAAGUUCGUGCACCCUACACUGUCCAACAAGGAGAAGGAGAUCGACGAGUACAUCACCCAGGCCCGAGACAAGAGCUAUGAGACCAUGAUGAGGGUGGGCAAGAGGGGCCUGAACCUGGCUGCCAAUGCCGCGGUCACAGCUGCUGCCAAGGGCCAGGGGGUGCUAUCAGAGAAGCUCCGGAGCUUCAGCAUGCAGGACCUGACCCUGAUUCGGGAUGAUGAUGCGCUGCCCCUGCAGGGGCCUGACAGCCGGCUCCGAUCCAGCCCCGGCAGCCUCCUGGACACCAUCGAGGACUUAGGAGAUGACCCUGCACUGAGUUUAAGGUCUAGCACGAACCAGGCAGAUCCCCGAACAGAGACCUCUGAAGAUGAUAUGGGAGACAAGGCCCCUAAGCGGGUCAAACCCGUCAAAAAAGUGCCCAAAGCUGAGCCACUGGCUUCCAAGACACUGAAGACCCGGCCCAAGAAGAAGACCUCUGGCGGGGGUGACUUGGCUUGA